AUGCCGUCCUUCUACCCCCGCCACAACCUGCCGCGGCAGCUUCUGACACCCCCCGAAUUCGUACCAAGUUACCACACUGCCUGCGGCACCACCUACCAGCAGCAGAACGCCUACACUGGUCAGCCAGCAAUUCGGCAACAAGAUGAUGGCUACGACUUCGCAGACCGCUAUGGCCAACUCGCCAUCGCUAUGCCACCCAUGUAUCCGCAGUCUGGCACCUACCUAAGCAACGCACCACCUAGCCUCCCGCCCGCGAGCUCAUUCUACGAGCAAUCUGGAGCGACCAUUCUCCCGCCAAUGCGCGUUCAGUCCGGUCACUCCAUGGCAGAGGCUGCGGCCCAACAGCAGCGUGCGCAAGAGUACAACCAGCGCGUGAACCAGCCAGCCAAGGACGAGAAGCCUGUUGGAGGCGUGUCCGCGAAGCUGGACUACGACAUGGACGUCAUGACCGACUUUGUUUGCGAGACGGCGUUGCAACUCAUCACUCCAGGUCGGAUGAUGCCCACGUCAUUCCGAAAGUGGGUACACCAGGUUCUGUGUGCGACGAGGCUGCCGUCUGCGACUAUCCUGCUUAGCAUGUUCUACCUGUCCAGCAGGAUGCCCAUGCUCAUCGCCGAGCCAAAGACGGAUACACACUUGUUCCGUCUUCUCACCAUCGCGCUGGUCCUGGGCAGCAAAUUCCUCGAUGACAACACCUUCAUCAACCGUUCCUGGUCCGAAGUCAGCGGCAUCCGAGUUGACGAGCUCAACAGACUCGAGAUGGAGUGGUUGAACGCCAUCGACUACAAGCUCCACCGUGACCCUACGGAACAGCAAGGCUGGACUUCCUGGUCAGAGCACUGGAAGGUCUACCAGGGCCAGGCUGCCACGCGGGCUGGCCGAAGCAAUAAGCUCAGCCCCAUCGAUACGACUAUGCAUCGCCGCUCUCUUAAUCCCAAUAAGCCGCUUCCUCCGCUGCCUAUGCAGCAGGCGUACAACCCGCCGUCCUACGAGUACACGCCCAAGUCGGCGCAGCCCUCCUACAACCUUCCCAGCUACUCCCAGUACGAUCCGUGGAGGUCUGCCAAUGACCACUCCCCCGCAUCUGCGCCGACCACGGGACCUGCUACUCCGGAGUACUAUGGCACAACAGGAACCUGGGCUCCAGCAGAAGGGUAUUCCCGUCGCACCAUGUUCGGUUUCCCACCCCUGUCCCAGCCUGCCCCUGCCCAAUCCCAGCAGCCAUCCACGUACGGUGCACAUGCCUACCACCCACAGUACAACACCUCCGUUUGGAAUCAGCAUGGUGUCAACUGUGGUUGCAGCUAUUGCUCGCAGAGGCAUCCACCGUACUUCAUGGCUCCUGGUUACGGCCCCCAGGCUGUUGCUGUUUAG